UAUAAAAACAAAAAUCCGUAAAAGUUGUAAUUGUUUUCGCAUACAAACGAAAUCAAAUAUUUAAUAUAUAUUUUCGAUGAUCAAAGCGUUUUAUAUAAAAGCUUGAAAUGGAUCAAGAAGCCCCUGGAACUUCUGCUACUCCUGCCGGUACCACAACAACUACCAUCGCUGUUGUAAAUACUGCAGGUGGUGUUCCCACUACUGCAACCACUGCUACUGCUGCAACCGGCACACCUGCUCCAGCUACUGGAGAAGCAGCAGCUGGAGAUGGUGCGGCUGCUGGUGCGGCAGCUGGUGCAGCUGCUGGUGAAGGUGGUGAGGCUAAGGAAGGUGAGGAACAAAAAGAUAAAGACAAGGAAGAAGGAGAAGAAGGUGAAGCUAAACCUUUAACUCGUCGAGAACGUUUCCGGAAUAUCCAGGCUAAGAAAAAACAAGCAGAAGCUGAAGGUGGAGAGGCUACUGGAGAAGAUGGAAGUAAGACACUCGAAAAAGAACGCUUCGCUGUAGAGCGUUAUGCUGUAAUUAAGUUUGUCGAAAUGCCAGAAUCUAUGGAGGAGAUGAUUAUUCAGUUAGCUAAUGAAGCUUUGGACAAUUUUCAUUUGGAACAUGAAAUAGCAGCCGCUAUGCGCUUUGAAUUGGAUGACCGCUACGGCAAAGCCUGGCAUGUCAUUGUUGGAACCAAAUUUGGAGCUUAUUGUACACAUGAAUCUAAUCGCGUUAUAUAUUUUUACCUCGGUCAAAUGGCAUUUUUUAUCUUUAAAAUGGAAUAA